CAUUUAUUGGCUGCAAAAACAACAACAUGGCGACGGCCGUAAUCCUAGAUGACGAGACCGCUGAACUCGAGUCCAAACUAACAGGUGACGUCACAAUCACUAGGUCCAUUUCAUAUAAAAAUGCAUUUAUUUUGAAGCACACACAGAAAGUGACAAUGAUGAUUGAGAUUCAUCAGUACCUUUACGCAUCAAAAGCAAAAUAUACAAUGAAAACAUACGUGGCGAAUAAAUGAUGCCAUGAGACUAAAAACAACAGAUCCGUUUGCAGCUUUCCUCACAUAAAUACAUGAAACAAACAACAAAAAUAGAUAUACAACAUUACAUUUGGAUUGAAACUGGGCCGAUGUGUUCGCUGGAAUAUCAAAAAGAAGCAACAAAUCUGCACUGAGCUGCAGAGCUGUGUUGCAUCUCAUUGGGUUCAUCAGCACGUGCAGGAUGAGUCAAUGGGUGGUUUUAGGAAGCUUGUUUUUCUGAUUCAGACAGACAACGAGCUUCUCCCACAGUUCCAACCUUUAUCCAUUUAGCUUGCUUUCCUGCUACUGGCCACAGAGGAAGAGAAGACUACCCGGAAAGAGAGAUUACCUGAGUAAUGAAAAACAACUCUGAGGAAAAUCCUCCUUCCUCCUUCACUGUGAUUUCUCUCUCCAGCUUCAACCACACCUUUUCCAAAUAGCAAUCCACAGGACAGAGAGAAUGGAGAUGGAACGUCUAUCGUAGAAGCAUACUGUAUGUCUAUUUUGAUGAUGACACAGAUGACACAUUUUACUUCUGCCUUGAUUCCAUUCUCACUAGAGGAAAACCACAAUAUACAAAAAUAGUUUUGGCUCUUCAAAACCAUCAAAGACACAAAGGGAAGAGAAGCAGUACAGCAGUGGGGUUAUGGUCUGCUUCAGCAGAAGCUUUGACAGGUAGGUGUUUCCAGAGACACUUCUUUUCACUUCCAAUUUGGAAUAAACAAGAAUGUAAGAGUGAAUGAGCAUAUUUGAAGGUCAUUGAACACAACUCGGUAGAACAUGAUGAUGACUCUCAAGAGCUUCAUUAUUUACAGCUGUAAUCAAUGUAUCCAAAGCUUGGAGACUUAAGUUUGAAUAUUCACAUUUCUCUAAUUAUAACAAUUUAUUUCAACAGUUCCACUAUUUAUGUUGAUCUUAUAAAUAGUUGUGUUUGAGGCCACUGUUUUUGUUACUUCUUUGUUAGAGGGGUUGCCUAAUUAACAAUGAAAAGCACAAUUAGUACCUUGUUUGGACUCCACAUUCCUGUAUUAAUCCUGGAUUAAACACACCGGAUUAAAGGCACGUUUGGAAAAACAAAUGGGAAGCCAAAUCUUCAGGAUCAGAAAUCUUUGGAUCUGCUUUGACGUCGAAAGUAUUACGAUGAGAUCAGAAUUUAAUCCAAUUCAACCAUUAUAAUCCUAUGCAUGCACUUGGGUGUCAUAUUACUUGCCCUCCAGCUUCAGCCCUUCUCCUCACACUUAGGCUGCUUCUGUGUGCUCGUGAAAUAUUUGCUCUCCAAAUUCUCCUCUGCUCUUGGAAUUUUUCUUUUUGUGCAAUAACCUUGUCAAAAUAGACCGUAUGUCUAUGCCCACUUUUAUUAUUUUGAAAGGUGAGUUUAGCUAAGCCAGAGAUUCCAUGCUUUUCUUUUUCUGGGCAUCAACCUCACUUUACAUCCUGUGGAGAGUUGAUGGUUACGCAUGGUGCAGACCUCUGCAUAGAAUAUAAUAAGUGUAUGUAGAUUGCGGGUUGUAUAUUCCAUCACACAAUGCAGAAGUGGUCAUCUACUCAGAGCACCUUUCUGGUUUGGACUUCAUAAUCUUUAGAAAAACUCUGGUUUAAUUUCGAGAUGAGGAUGUUGUGGAGGCCCAAAGAAUGUGCCUAUUCCAUAUUGAUUCUAAAUUCUCCGCCGUGCCUCCUGUACAAAGAAUAUUUUCCACCGUUUUUGCAAACAGGCAGAGAGCAUGGCGGGGUUUGGUAUCGAUCUUGCACGGGGAAAGACUACUUGUUUUAAUACUGCAGACCCUGGGGCCUCCAGGGACAACGGUUGCUCGUCCCUGAUCUAGUGUUGAAAUGCUAGACAGCACUGGGAGUCUGAGAUGUCGCUCCUAUGAGGACUGCUGUGGGACUCGCUGCUGUGUGAGAGCCCUGUCCAUCCAGAGACUAUGGUACUUCUGGGUGCUGCUGAUGAUGGGAGUGCUGUUCUGCUGCGGUGCCGGUUUCUUUGUCCGCAGGAGGAUGUAUCCGUCCCCUCUGAGAGACGAGCAAGCCUUCAACGUCUCCUUCACCAGACACCCUGCCACCUCACCAGUUUCCCAGCAGCCGGGGAGUAUGCAGGGCUUUGGGGUCAACGGGAUGACAGGUGGCGACCCGGGGGUCACCAUCACACACCCGGCAUACCCGCCACAGCCUGGCUGUGCCCAUAUGAUGAUGGGCCCCUACCCUCCACCUCCAUCCUACUGCAACCACCCGCCUCCGUCCUACGAACAAAUAUUUCAAAACAGCGACAAGAAGUAACUUCUGCAAGGUACUAAGGAGAUGGAACUUGACAAGUGGAGUAAAAAAGGGAAGGAGGGAGAGGAAGUUCAGAUUGAGAUGAGGGAGAGAAAAGCCUGCCAAUUGAUUUCAACUCAAGACUUGGAAAACACACACAAUCUCUUGUCCUGGUGAAAAAGACCAAACGAGGCACAGUAACCAGAAUCUGCACACACACACACACACACACACACACACACACACACACACACACACACACACACUUUAAUUGAUUAAUUUAUGUGGAUCUAUCUGUACAGUGAUGGUUGGGCUUAAAGACGGGCGAGGAUGCACUGUUCAGGUUUUGGAUGCACCUUCUGCCACCUGUUCUUUCUCCACCCUCCCAAUGCAACUGACAGCUAGAACUGUACACAAGUGAACGGAAACCCAUCAUAUAUUAAAAUGCUGUUUUGGGAACCGUUUAGAAAUACUUUCAACUGAACAGCUGAAAAAUGCUACACGUUAUUAUAAAAAUACAUCUCUGUACAAACUGUCCAUUU